AUGGUCGAUUCAAAACCAAGAGAAAAAUGGUCAGGCAGUGCUGAUUUUCUUUUUUCAUGCAUUGGUUAUGCCAUUGGUCUUGGUAAUGUUUGGCGAUUUCCUUAUUUAUGUUAUCAACAUGGUGGAGGAGCAUUCCUUAUUCCAUACUAUGUAACAUUAAUCUGCGGUGGUAUACCUUUAUUUUUUCUUGAAGUAGCUCUCGGUCAAUAUACAAGUAUUGGUGGUCUUGGUAUAUGGAGAAUAUGUCCAAUGUUCAAAGGUGUUGGUUAUGCUGCAGCUAUAAUAGCAUUUUGGCUUAAUUGCUAUUAUAUUGUUGUACUUGCUUGGGCUUUAUAUUAUGCUUAUAAUUCGGUAAUUAGUUCAAUAUUACCAUGGUCAACAUGUACUAAUUGGUGGAAUUCACCAUCAUGUCGUACAUUACCACAAAUGCGUAAUUAUUCAUCAUUGUUGACAUGUUCAUCAAUACAAUUCAAAACAAAUGCAUCAAUGAUGGUAUGUCUAAAAAAUGUCACUGAUCAUCUUGCACAAUUUACAAGUCCAGUUAAAGAAUUUUGGGAACGUAAUGCAUUACAAAUUACAGAUGAUAUAAGUGAACCAGGUUCAUUACGUAUGCCAUUAGUUAUAACAUUAGGUAUUUCUUGGAUAGCAUGUUAUUUUUGUAUUUGGAAAGGUGUUAGAUGGACAGGAAAAGUUGUUUAUUUUACAUCAAUGUUUCCUUAUUUAUUAUUAUUUAUUUUACUUAUUCGUGGUUUAACACUUGAAGGUGCCAUGGAUGGUAUAAAAUAUUUAUUUAUACCUGAUUUAACAAAAUUAAAAACAUCUGCACUUUGGAUUGAAGCAUCAACACAAAUAUUUUUUAGUUAUGGACUUGGUUUAGGUGCACUUGUUGCAUUAGGAAGUUAUAAUAAAUAUAAUAAAAAUUGUUAUAGAGAUACACUUAUUUUGGCUGCUUUUAAUGAAGGAACUUGUUUAAUAAGUGGUUUUGUCAUCUUUUCUGUCAUUGGAUUUAUGGCUAAAACUGAAGGACGAAAAAUUAGUGAAGUAGCUGAUUCAGGACCUGGUUUAGCAUUUGUUGCUUAUCCGGCUGCAGUUGCUCAAUUACCAUUUUCACCAUUUUGGUCAGCACUUUUUUUUAUUAUGAUUAUUUUUAUUGGUCUUGAUAGUCAGUUUGUGACAAUGGAAGGUUUUAUAACAGCAUGUGUUGAUGAAUGGCCAAUUUUACGUCGACGAAAAGAAUUAUUUAUAGCUUUUGUUUGUCUAAUAUCUUAUUUAAUUGGUUUACCAACAGUUACUCAGGGUGGAAUGUAUGUAUUCAAAAUUCUUGAUUAUUAUUCAGCUAGUGGUUGGUGUUUACUUGUAUUACUUUUCUUCGAAUGUAUCAGUGUAUCAUGGUUUUAUGGUGCCGAUAGAUUUUAUGAAGAUAUUAAAGAUAUGAUUGGUUUUUAUCCUGGAAGAUUUUGGAAAUGGUGUUGGAUUGUAUUUACUCCUCUACUUUGUACUAGUAUUGCAAUAUUUAGUCUUAUUGAAUAUGAACCGGUCAAAUAUAAAAAUUAUCAAUUUCCUAAAUGGGCUGAAUAUAUUGGUUGGUGUAUUGCACUUUCAUCAAUUUUAGCUAUACCAAUUUAUAUUAUAAUUAUAUAUUCAAGACAAACUGGUUCAUUUAAAGAACGAUGGAAAAAAAUUACAACACCAACUAUUGAUCGAAAUCGAUCCAUAGAUGAUAAUGAUAAGGAAACAAAACAACGGAUGCUUACAGAUCAUACAACAGCUAUGACAAAUCUCUAA